UUGGGAAUUCAAACCUUUCGCGACAUGGCUGAAGCAGCGACCGAAAUCCCGCCGACGGCUAGCAAUGUCACAGUUUUUACAUUCGAAGAACAGGCUACAAGCUCGUUGGCGCUUUACGGAAUGUCUAUCCUCUGCAUCAUCAUUGGAUCGAUUCGUUCAGCUCAAUACAUAAGGACGAAUAUUGACAAGAAGCGACUUAUUGAAGGUUCGAUCACUAUGAGAGAAGCCAGGAAAUUCCCUAUUUCUGCUUCUCUGGUUCUCUUCGGUCUCUACCUCUUCUUCAAGCCUGCCGCCGAACGCUUCCUUUGGGUUGCCAGAGUCUUCCAAAUUCUGCGAGUUCCCGAAGAAUAUGUCCAGAAGAUCAAUAGCACUAUUAUCAGCUAUACCGCUAAUACUACGACUACUGGGCCUUCCGAGCCAUUCUUGCUCCGCUUGGCGUCAAGGAUACCUCAAGAACGCGUUCCAGAAGCAAUUCAAAAUGCGGCUACAUACGCUUAUACCAACUUACCAACAAUUCAAAAAGCAGAAUGUAUGCAACUCUUGACUUUCCUCAUCUGUUUCGAAGGAGUCAACGCUUUCGCGUCUCUGUUGAAGCCAUUUGUUACCGCGUUUCUCAAAAAGAUGCCACUGGUUCCAUCCUUCUUAAGAUUCAAUGCUCCGUACUUAUUCUCUCUCAAAAAGGGAAAUAAGGAAAUGGAAGAGGGUGAUAUCGAAGAUGCGAAGAAAAAGGAAACGGAAUAUCUUUUCAAAAUUGACUUUGAUCGUUACGAUAUCAUCGCUUUAUUGAUGUGCUCUCCAAUUCUCAUUUCUCACCUGCUGAAAAGACACUGGAUCACCAAUAAUAUUAUCGGAGUGAGCUUCUCAAUCUUGGGAAUCGAACGUCUUCAUUUGGCCAGUUUCAAGGCUGGAUCCCUUCUUCUCGUUGGUCUCUUUUUCUAUGACAUCUUCUGGGUUUUCGGAACAGACGUGAUGACAUCUGUCGCAAAAGGAAUUGAUGCUCCGAUUUUGCUCCAAUUCCCUCAAGAUAUCUAUCGAAAUGGAAUAAUGGAAGCCAGUAAGCACAGUAUGCUUGGGCUUGGAGACAUUGUUAUCCCUGGAAUCUUCAUUGCUCUCCUUCGUCGGUUCGACUACAGAGUUGUUCAAACGACUGCCGAGUCGAAGGCUCCACAAGGAUCCUUGAAAGGACGAUACUACUUCGUGGUUACUGUCGUCGCUUACAUGGCUGGACUUUUCAUCACUAUGGCUGUUAUGCAUCACUUCAAGGCUGCUCAACCAGCUCUUCUCUAUUUGGUGCCGUGUUGUCUUUUCGUACCCCUCCUUCUUGCUGUGAUCCGUGGAGAACUUUCGGCUUUAUGGAACUACGAUGAAUCAAGACAUGUGGAUAACGAAGAAAAUCGAAAGAAAGUAGACUCCGGCAAGAAAAAUAACUAAAUGAUUUAAAAUAGUCUAAAGUAUGCUAUUCCUGCUUGUUAUUCUGUUUUCGAAGAAUACUUGAAUUGGAAAACCUAACUUAUCGUACUUUUGACUAUUUCUAGAUAUUCUAGUCAUUUAAUUCAACUCGAUUCCAUGUCCCACCACAUCCUAGCAUAAUCAUUCUGAUUCCUGUCCUUUCCAUUGUUAUCUUCCGUUUUCCCGGGUCUUUUUAGCUUUUCCAACCCCCUUACUGUCCUGUUUGAACCAAAAAAGGUAUUUUGUUUUCAUAUUUAUUUACAUGUAUUUAGUAACUUAUUCUAUAAAUGCAUUGAAUUUAUUUAU